CUUCCCACGACAACACCCACAGUCCUAUUUCCACACCCAUCGAAAUCGUUAAAGCAGCACAGUCACUCUCUAAAUCGUUCAACCUCACACCCACUCCUCCGAUAUUCUUUUCUGCUUUAAUCUUCGCUCUGUUUUCGGGGGUCAGAUCUUAAUGCCGAAGGCUUCGUAUUCUGUUUGAAUUUUGUUAUCUAUUGGGAGUGGAGUAGUAUUUGAGAUCGAGCGUAAAAUAUAUAAAAAUAAUAAAAGAAGCAAAGGCGAUGUUUUUGUUUGAUUGGUUUUAUGGGAUUCUGGCAUCGCUUGGGUUGUGGCAGAAGGAGGCCAAGAUCUUAUUCUUAGGUCUCGAUAAUGCCGGAAAGACCACCUUGCUUCACAUGCUCAAAGACGAGAGACUAGUUCAGCAUCAGCCUACACAGUAUCCAACAUCAGAGGAGUUGAGUAUUGGGAGGAUCAAGUUUAAAGCUUUUGAUCUCGGGGGUCACCAGAUUGCACGAAGAGUCUGGAAAGAUUACUAUGCUAAGGUAGAUGCAGUGGUCUACUUGGUAGAUUCAUAUGACAAGGAACGAUUUGCCGAGUCUAAAAAAGAGUUAGAUGCUCUGCUCUCUGAUGAGUCUUUGACUACUGUCCCUUUCCUUAUCCUUGGAAACAAGAUAGAUAUUCCAUAUGCUGCCUCAGAAGAAGAGUUGCGUUACCAUUUGGGCCUGACCAAUUUCACUACGGGCAAGGGAAAUGUAAAUUUGUCAGAUUCUAAUGUCCGUCCUAUGGAGGUUUUCAUGUGCAGUAUUGUGAAGAAAAUGGGUUACGGAGAUGGUUUCAAAUGGCUCUCUCAGUACAUCAAAUAAAUAGUCCAUGUAGUAAGAGAUGGCUUGGUAUCCUGUUUCUAGACGCUUAUUCCUAUAGUUAUGCUAUAGAAAUGUUGUUAGUACAAAUUGCUGUUAAACAUUUUUUUUUAGUACAAAAAAUUGUUUAAAGAAUAUUUUAUUAAAAGAAAAUGACACUUAUCCCUUUCUUUCA